AUGGUCACAGCUUCCCACAGUCACGUCAUCCCCACUUGUGAUCUUCGCUGCCAGCUUCCAGCCAUCCCUUCCGCUGGUGCCUCCGUUUCCCUCGUGGGCGUCCUUUCCUCCACCCAGAACAACCGCUGCCUCUCUGCUCCGGACCUGACGGCCGAGAAGCGCCUGGUCUCCCACCAGGCGCCCUCUUCGUUCCCCGCCCUGCCCGGGCAGGAGCGGUCCAUCAGCCCCGAGAGCAACGACAGCAUCUCCGAGGAGCUGAACCAUUUCAAGCCCAUCGUCUGCUCGCCCUGCACGCCUCCCAAGCAGCUGCCGGACGGGCGCGUGCUCAGCCCCCUCAUCAUCAAGUCCACCCCCAGGAACCUGACCAGGAGCCUGCAGAAGCCCACCACGUACGAAGCCAGCCCUCGCAUCCUGAAGAAGUGGGAACAGAUCCUCGAGGAACGUCAGGUCAAAAAGACCCUCUCCAAGGCGACCUUGACCUGCUCGGUUCCCGAGCCGGGCGAAGAUUUUCCGCCUCCGAACCUCAACGUCCCCCUCAAGUGUCCUCGGCAGAUGUCCAGCGAUGUCACCUUGCCGGACCCUCUCCCUUCCCCCUCUUUAGCAAAGCUGGGCAGUUCCGCAAACGCUCAUAGAGACUCGGAGGCUAUGCAGCUGACCCCCAAGGUCCUCCCGCCAAGACUCGCCGAGAAACCCCCCAAUUCCAGGAUUCCCGAGCUCCCGGAAGCAAAAUCGGCGCCGCGUCUGGCUGGGCCGUGCCUUCACUUCGAUGCCAAAACGAUUCCCCGGAAAGUCGUCCGAGUGAAGCCGGCCUCAGAGAACGGCGCACUCGGGAAUCCGGCCGAGCGGAAGCCGCGCAGAUACUGGGACGAGAGUGAACUGCGCCGCCUCUCUAAUGGCCUCCGUCUCGAGAGGGGGCUCGGCGAGGAGACCCCCUCUCUGCGGCGCGGACAAAAGCGGCCGUGCAAAACCAAGCACCUGGACCCUUCAGUCAAGCGGCUGAGGCCGUCGGCGGGCUGUCGCAAGGGCCCUCCGGCGUCCGACCCGCUGAGACGGCAGAGACGACGGCAGCGUGGCAGGACUGAGCAGCGACUACAACAGGAGGAGGCCGACCGACGGCUGGCCGUGCAACUCCAGCGGCAGUUUGAGAGGGAGAUCCGGACAGUGGAGAGGCCGAAGGGGCGAGCCGAUCAGUAUUUCUUGCGGUCUAAGAACGCUGCUAGGGCAAAGUAACCGAUGUUCGCAAAUGAAGCGGCUUUUUUCGAGAUUUCCCCUGGAGACGUCGCUUGUCAGCCUGGCAGAGUUCUUCCGGGGAGCAGGAGUUCUCUCUGGUCAGUGCGGGAGCCGGAAGGAGGCUAAAGUCCAGAGCUUUCUGCCCCCCCCCCUCCUCCCCAAGCUGACUCUGAGAUUAUCAAUCUCUCUCGCAGCGAAGGCCUCUUCGUCUGUUCGUGUCCGGAGUUCGGACUUGCUCUUGCGGCCUCGGGAUCCGAGUCGUUACGAUAACGGGAGUCGAAACGAUGCUUCGAGGGGCAUUUCUAAUUUGAGGAGCAGCCCUGCGUGGCUAGGAAGGCCCGAUGGGAGAAUGGCAGCUCUGCAAUAAAAUAUAUCUGAAUCUAUAAAUACAGGUGGUCCUCGACUUACGACAGGUUGUUUAGUGACCGUUCAGAGUUACAACGUGUCCGGGAAAAAGCGACUCGGGAUCGUUUAUCACACUUAACGACCGUUGCAGCAUCCCCGUGGUCACAUGAUCAAAAUUGAGACGCUGUCGCGACCGACUCUUGUUUAUGACGGUCGCGGUGUCCCUGGGGGAGUCACAUGAUCCACUUUUGUGACCUGACAAACCAAAGUCAAUGGGGGAGCCAGAUUCUCUUAACAACCGUGUAACUA